AUUUUCAUUUUUUUUUCAUUGGAAGAAAUUCAUGAUUCUCCUAGUUUCGCCACUAGUGGCUAUGGUUGUGUUUUAGGAUCACCACCAAGUGUGCAAAGGAGCAAUCUUUUGAUGCUAGUUUGUGGUGGGGUUCCUCUACUUUUUUCUCUUGAGCAUGCAUAGAUUCGGAAUUACCAUGGCUUGGAACGUAUUCAAGCUCUGUAUUGCAUUACGAGGAUUGGGCUCGAUCAUGAUACUAUUGGUUUUUGGGAUUGUGGGUGUUACCUAUUACGCUAUUGUGUUGACUAAUUAUGGACCUUCUUUGUAUAACGGUGGUCUUGAUUCUCUUACAGCCUUUGUGGUGUUGAUCUUGUUUCAUUGUUUGUUGGUUAUGUUAUUGUGGAGUUACUUUACGGUUGUGUUUACGGACCCUGGGAUUGUACCUCCUAACUGGAAGCCUAUUGUUGAUGAGGAAAUAGGAGAAGAUGAUCCAUUAAAUGGGUUAGAAUUAAGCAAUGUGCAAUAUGGCACUUCAUAUAAACGAAAUCGAUAUUGUCGAAAGUGCAAUCAUCCCAAGCCAGCUCGAUGUCAUCAUUGUUCAAUUUGUGAACGUUGUGUGCUAAAGAUGGACCACCAUUGUGUCUGGGUAGUUAACUGUGUUGGGGCCUUAAAUUAUAAGUAUUUCCUCCUUUUCUUGUUUUACACUUUCCUUGAGACCACUCUUGUGACUAUAUCAUUACUACCACAUUUCAAAACAUUCUUUACUGAUGGAGAAAUUCUUGGAACACCUGCCACUCUUGCCACAACUUUUGUUGCAUUUGUUUUGAAUCUGGCCUUUUCCUUGAGUGUCUUAGGAUUUCUUGUCUUUCACAUAUCAUUGGUAGCUUCUAAUACAACCACUAUUGAGGCAUACGAGAAGAAAGCUGCCCAAAAAUGGCAUUAUGACCUUGGUUAUAGAAAAAAUUUUAAACAGGUUUUUGGUAUGGACAAGAGAUAUUGGUUCAUCCCUGCUUAUUCAGAAGAUGAUAAACGAAGGAUGCCAGUUCUUCAGGGCCUUGAGUUUCCAUUAAAACAUGACCUGGACGCCCAAGGUUGA